UCCCACACGUAGGCUUACUUUGACAUAAUCGUGCAGUUGUAGCUGAACAAGUGUACUCUACUUGCUUUUACGUGAUUACUUUUUAAGACUAAAGGAAAAGAGGACUGGAUUUGCGGGAGUAAUCUUUGUGCAGAGUGUAGAAUAGGGAGCCUCUCUAGUAGGGCCCAGAAAAAUAAAAAACAUGGAUGUGAUCAUGGCUGGGCAUGCUCAGCAGCUUAUAUCAACAGUCAGUGGGAAUUAGGGAAUCUGGAAACAUCAAAGCUGGAUUAGAACAUCUGUCUCUUGCAGAACAGGCCAAAGCUAGAUUACAGUUGGUUCUUGAAGCAGCUGCAAAAGCAGAUGAAGCAUUGAAGGCUAAAGAAAGAAGUGAAGAAGAAGCAAAGAAGAGAAAGGAAGAAGGUAAUGUAAUUUUUCUUUAUCAACAAGAUGAAGUUUUUAUUAAACUGGCAAUAAUAAUUCCAUAAGGAAACAGGUUCCUUCGGGAUUCUCAUUUUUUCUGGAGGAUUGGACCACAUCUUAAUAGAGUGCAUGUCAUGGACAACCAUCUUCCAAUUCUCAGUAACACACACCAUCACCCAUUCACAACUCCACAAUAUUCCUGUGGCAACUACAACAAUCACAGGCAAUUACUUAAUGAUUUUUAAGCUGGCUUUAAAGCAACAUGGUAUCGGAUAACAAAUAGAAGAACUAAUACAUUGUGAUCAGCCAGCUAUGUGAGGCAAAGACCACAGUUAGAGAAAUUAUUGCAGUCAAUUAACAUAAAGGAAUAACAUUGUUUUUCUCAGACUGUAUAGUAUGACUGUGUAUGUGUGUAGGCCUGCUCUUCACUGUCAGUUUCUGGGGCCAGGCCUCUUCGCUGUCAGACCCUGGAAUGACAGUCAGUGCAGGGUGAAAUUUGCUGUCUUUAGCGCUCAAACGCUCAGACAAUGUAGAGCAGUGGCCAGUUGAAGGACCCAGGUCCGUAGGCAGGGAAGGACACCAGGCAGUCUAGGUAGUUCCUGAUUUAAAGGGGAAGGAGGGGCAGGGAAGAACUGUCACCCCGGGAAAGGUAUGGUAGAGCAGAUGCAGACCUACUCAAAUUCACCACAACCCAGCACAAGACUAGCUGCAAAACUGACUGCCACUGGAUAAGUGGAGACUCUCCCACAACAUGCUGACCGUGUGUCUCCAGUAGACCCCCAGUCUGGUACCCCUGAGCUGCUUCCUAUAAUCCACCCUGGAUGUACCUUCCAUGGGUCAUCUUCCAUCUCCCCAGGGUACACUGUGAUCCGCAGUCCCAGCAACUCCUCAGCAUAUGGUAUGUCUGGCCAUAUGGGUUACUCAGGGACCUAUUUGGGACUUCCAAAGUCUUCUGUGGGCUUCUGAGUCUGUAGCAGGGAGAAUACGUCUAUCGUUAUUGGCUAUGGGAUGAAUUUUUUAUAUUUCCUGUUCAUGUUCCAUCCCUCUACUUCCAACAGGGAGAGCAUGGUCUUCCAUGUUCAGCUCACCAGAAAACAUCUGGCCACCCUAAGUGUCAAUCUCUGAAGGUGGUUACACCUCUUUGCUACAGAUUAACAUAAAAUGUCCAGUUAAUCCAGUUUACUUGUACAAUGACUCUGUACUAUGUCAUCAUGGUAAUUCCUCCCACUCAGUGGUAAUUCUGUGCACUGAAAAUAUAGAUGAUGAAGGCUUUUAUCCAUUGCACUUCCAGAGGUAGAUUUUCAGUAGGAAUUCUGUACAAGGUUUGCAGGAUCAGCUUCAAAACCAAUGUACUUGAAUUGUUUCUCUUUGUAUUACUUGGUGAUGCAUCUUCAAGUUCUGUGACAAAGCCAGCCUUAACUUAUAUAAAGGAACUUUAAGUGGUCUUCCACACUUCAGCUGUGAUAGCAUAUCCCCAUUUCUCAGAGAAAAUUAGUAGCAAAAAGCUGUC